GAGCCGGCUCGGUUCUGGGCGAGCUGCAUAUAAGCACAAGGGGCCCUUACGGCAAACUUACAACGCUUUCAACAUUUACUCACAGCCCUCUUAUCUCGUUUUCCAAGAACCCCCAACUCCAUACAAUGGCUGGUCGCGGCAAGGGCAAGACCUCUGGCAAGAAGGCCGUGAGCCGCAGCGCCAAGGCUGGGCUGCAGUUCCCUGUGGGCCGCAUUGCACGCUACCUGAAGAAGGGCAAGUACGCCGAGCGCAUUGGUGCCGGCGCGCCCGUGUACCUGGCCGCCGUGCUGGAGUACCUGACCGCCGAGGUGCUGGAGCUGGCCGGCAACGCCGCCCGCGACAACAAGAAGAACCGUAUUGUGCCCCGCCACAUCCAGCUGGCCAUCCGCAACGACGAGGAGCUGGGCAAGCUGCUGGGCGAGGUGACUAUCGCCUCGGGCGGUGUGCUGCCCAACAUCCACGCCGUGCUGCUGCCCAAGAAGACCAAGGGCGGCAAGGGCAGCGAGGAGGCCGCUUAAAGCGCCUGACCUCGACUACUCUAACAACAAACUCGGUGUUUCUCAACACCACCAUAUCCUGGCUUUAGGCGGGGCGCGUGGGCUGGUUAGGGCAAGGCACCCGGGCACCACUUUGGCCCAGGAAGGCCUAUGGAAUGAGUGGGACCGCUUUGUGACUCGUGAGUUGGGGCUGAAUGGGUGCCAAACCCUUUUCAGGAUCCGGCUGGACUGCGGCGCUGGGGCUGUCAGUCGGGCAGGGACGGCAGGACGAUCGGAGCCAGGCAGGACGACCGGAGCCAGGCUGAUCCCCUUGCAGGUGCCCCUUGGCUGGGUGCGGAAAGGUGAAAGAUUCCCG